AAUACACAUCAUUGGAGAUGAUUACAUUGCAGCUGCUGCUUGCUGAAUCUGAAGCGCCCAAAUUCUGUUUUGUGAGUACAGUUUAAAACAACACGCUCCAUAAUAGUGGAAGGAAGCCUUCUGUACUAGCUUUGCUGGCCAGGACUUCUGGGAGUUGUAGUCCAGGAACCACCUGGGCUACCCAAGCUUGGGAACCACCGAGAGAAGAUCCCCGUGGGGCCCGAGCUGACUCGGAGACACCUCGCAACAAGACAGGAAGUAAAAGAAGAAUUGGGUUGGCUUGUUGAACAGUUCUGAGGCCUUCUUGUCCGAGAGUCUCGUUAUAAGAGUGUUUUUUUGUUCAUGGAAGCUGAAACGGUCUGGAAAUUUUUCUGAGGCAUCCUUCAAAGUGCUGACAAAGGAAGAGGGAAACAAGGUUUUGGGGGAAGGAUACAAGAGACAGUGGCUGCCCAUGGAGAGCAUGGAGGUAGAAAUUAAAACAGAGGAGCGGGACAUGGCGGGCCUCGAACCGGGAGAGGUUAGGCAAGGAGCUUUACGUGAAAAGCCAUGUGUGAAGGAAGAACCAGAGGAAGGGCCGUCAAUGAAUUGGGAUUCCCAGUUGCAGGACUUUUUGAGGACUUUGCAGGCUCCGCAGUUUAGCGGGGAAACUGCCCCCCUCCUUGGGCCCAGGCCAUGCGGCGGUCCUGAAACCCGCGAGGCGACCACUCAGACAACAGCAGAAGCCAUGAAGUGGCCUAAAGGGUUGUGGGUUUCCUCAGAUCUGGUCAGUUUCUUAGAGGAAGCCAAACAAGACCCAGAGACCCAGCUGGAGGCCACCCACGAAGAGAAGGGAAAGGAAGACCCUCUCGCUGGAGAGCCUACUUGGUCGGAGAUGCAGCGCCAGCGUUUUCGAUCCCUGGGCUACCGAGGAGCCAACGGGCCUCGGGAGCUUUGCAGGCAGCUCCAGGAAAGUUGCCGUCAGUGGCUGAAGCCGGAAAGGCGCACCAAGGAGCAGAUCUUGGAGCUGGUGACCCUGGAGCAGUUCCUGGCCAUCCUGCCUCUGGAGAUGCAGAGCUGGGUCCGGAAGGAUGGCCCAAAGACCUGUGCUCAGGCUGUGAUGCUGGCUGAGGAUUUCCUUCUUAGACAGCAGAAGGCCAGAGGGGGUGAACAGCAGAUCACAGGUGUGUUAAAAGAAGCGUCUGUGGAUCUCCCCGCAUCAGACCAGGCUGUGCCAGACACAGUGGAGACACAUCUUUCCCUGGAGGCUGUGCCGGAGGUUGCUGAGAGUAGGAACGUAUUCGGUCCCCAACUACCUUCUUGCCUGCCUGCAACUCCCGUGGAAGGGUUUCUCUGCCUCUGGGCGCCUCUGCUGUGGGAGUCGGACCAUCCGAAAAGGAGGACGGGUCAGAGGUCCAAAGGGAAGAAGCCAAUCUCCGCCUCAAGAACAGGCGCCGUUCCUGCCCAAGGAGCCCAUUUAGCCAAUCCAGGAGCGUCCAUCUCCAGCGUAGUGUCGCCGGGUGUGUUGGGAGAUGCGGUUCCUCCUCUCAAGUCAGAUCAUGUUCGAAUCCACCUGUGGAAGAAGGAGGUGGAAGAAAAGCGGUUUGAAGUAUCUGAAAAAGAGCAAAUUAUUUUCAUUGAGGACUCCGAAGAGUUCAGUGUUCAAGAUCGGGGACCCUCCAUCUCCCCCCAAACCCAAGCCUUGAUGCAUGCUUCUGCCCCCCAGCCACCCCUGUCCCUCCAGUACUCCGAGACCAGCGUGCCACAAUCCUCCCAGACGAUCCACACCGCCCAGUCCCCCUGGGCCAGUCAUGACCAGGGCCACUUAGCCCUCCGCCCCGCCCCGCUUUCUGCAGAACGUGCCAAGCGCCCGCUUUGGAACCAUUUCUCGAACGUUCCCGAAGACCCUUGCGCGGCGCGUUGCAACAUAUGCAGCGUGGUGGUGCGCAGGGGAUCCAACCCCAGGCACCUUUCCUCCACGGCCCUUCGCUGCCACCUCCAGAGGCACCACCCGAACGUCCUUCCCCUCGAAGGAACUGCCUCGGCGGGGAGGAAGAGGCAGGCCCUGUGGGAACAACUGGGGAGGGAGAGGCAGUCGCUGCUGGUCAAGAAGACAGCCAUGGGGGGCGUGGCAGGGGAGCCUUUCCGGCCGGCCACGCUCCAGGAGGACGCUCCGGCGGAGACCCCAACGCCCUUGGGCAGAAUGACUAGGGGGGAGGCACAAGAGACGGGCACUCGCCUCGUUGCCGAGAUGAUCGCGUUGCUCGGACUGCCUCUGGCCACCGUGGAGACCACAGCCUUCCGCCGCGUGCUUCAUUUCUUUGCCCCCUGGUAUGUCCCCCCGUCGAGAAGAACCAUCAGCCGGCGAAUCCUGCCCUCCAUCUAUGACUCCGUGCGGGAGCUGGUCAGGGCCCAGCUCUCCCAAACCCACGGCCGUAAGGUUCAUUUCGCAGCGGACAUGUGGAGCAGCGGCCACCACCGGUACCUCUCCCUCACCGCCCACUGGUGGCAGCCAGAGGACCUGAAAACGGCCGGGGCACCGACAACAGGGCCACAAGGAGAGGUGCCCAUCCUGCCUCCAGGUUACAGGUCCGUCCUGCUCCAGGUGCGGAAUCUGGAGGCCAAGGCGACCAGGAAGCACAUCGCCGAGGAGUUCCUGGCUGCGCUGGAGGAGUGGGCGCCACGGGGCCAAGUGCUCCGUGGCCACAUGGUGACGGAUGCCAGUCGGAACAUGUUGGCGGUGUUGAACGCAGCCGGCUUUGAGGGGAUUGUGUGCAUGGCGCACCAGUUGCACCUGGUCGUGCAGGACGCUGUCGGGCUGGGGAGCAGAGUCAACCCGGAGUGGAACGCAGGAACGCGGGAGACCCGUGCGCUGUUGGAGAACUGCCGGCACUUGGUCAGCCAUUUUUCCCGCAGCCUGAACAUUGCCCGUUGGCUGCGCGAGAGGCAGGAUGAGUUGGGGCAGGAGGAGCAUGUGCUCCUCCAAGACCUGCCGACCCGCUGGAAUUCCACCUAUGUGAUGGUCUCCCGUCUGGUGGAGCAGAAGACCACCUUGGAGGACAUCAUGUCCACCACGCCCAUCCUGUCUGAGGGAAGGGAGGUGGGCAUCAGCUCCGUGGAUUGGCUGGCCCUCUCCCAGAUGGUGGAGGUCCUGAAGCCCUUCAAGGAGACCAAUGACGUCCUCUGUGCUCACAUCGCAAGCCUGGGGCAAGUCAUCCCCCUCGUGCAUGCCCUCGACCGGGCGCUGGAGUCUGCGUACUCCCAGGGGUCCUCCCUGCUUCCCCAGACCAGGGCCUUGGUGUUGAGGUUGCAGGCCGGCGUGCGGAAGCGACUCCAUCCACUCUGCCGAGACAGGGUUUACCGAUUAGCCUGCCUCUGCGAUCCACGGAUCAAGGCCAGUUUGGCCUUGCAGAAUGCGGAGCUCGAGGAGUGGAGGACGGAGCUCUCCACGGAGGUCCGCAGGGUUCAGGGCGAGAGACGCGGAGGGGAAGAACCGGGGAUGCCCGGGUGCGAGGGACAGGAGGAGGAGCGUCAUCCGCAGGAGCCGUGUGCCAGCCCUUCUGCGGAGACGACGCCCAACCGGGGAUCCACCCCACAGUACUGGAACUCAGUGGUCUGCUGGGCGGUUGCCGCUGCCGGAGAGGCUGCGCGGGCUGUGGAAGAGGACUCUGCAGAGAUCAUGGUGCGCGAGUAUCUGGCAGAGCCCACUCAGCCCCCUGAGUCCGACCCCCUCCAGUACUGGGCACGUAAAAGUGCCAUAUGGCCAGAGUUAUCCACAGUGGCCAUGGACCUCCUUUCCUGCCCCCCUACCAGUGUCCAGAGCGAGCGGGUCUUUUCUCAUCUCAGUGAUCUGCUCCGGCCACACCGUUCCCGCCUGGACCCGGUCAUGGUGGAACGGUUAUCCUUCAUCAAGGCCAACAGCCCCUUGUUAGGCUUCCCUUCUCUGGACCUUCCCAGCUAGAGGACUUGGAGCAGGAUUGACCUCAGCGUCCCUCCCAACUCUGCUCCCCAUUUUCAUCCGGCGUUGCGCUCUCUGCACUAGGGUGGGUGGAGGUUCGCUUCCGCCAUGGGGCUCCUGCUGUACCUUGAGUCCCCAUAAAGCAUCCAUACAUCCAGAGCCUGCCUGAAGAUGGCCGAACUCUUAGCUGCCUACCGCCUAUUUAUCUGGGUCUUCUAGCUGCCCAUCAGCUGCAGACAGACUGGUCUACUAUGGAGCGGCUCACUUACCUCAGAGCAACCUCUCUACCUCAAAGCUUCCCUUCUACCUGGAGCGAUCUGUCCCGUCUCAGACCUCCAGCGGCGCAUCCCAUUCAGAGCAACCUAUCUGCAAAUCAGGGAAAGGUGUGGUCCAUGGGGUUUGGGAAAAGGCCGUGAUCCUUUCCCUGUCUGUCUCAUGACAAGCAACACCCCAUCUCAGGUUCCCUUGCAUGAACCACUGGUUUCCCCCAAGCCAGCUGCUGAAGAGCACUUUCCUGGGGGGACCGGAUUUGAGUGGCUAUAAUUUGGAUAUCCCAAAUCCAACUCUUGCCAGAUUUGGAGGGGUGGUGGAUAGGAGCAUCAACUGAAGACUCCUUGUGAGUUUGGCGUCUCUCAAGUCGCUCGGGGGCCGUUCUGUGGCUCCCUAAAAUCCUGAAUUGAACUGAUCCAGUUUUUUGAGAAUUCAUUAAUGUUCAUGAACAACAAUAAACCAUCACAAACCACCAUUUUCCGAGUUCACGCCCAUCUCUUCUUGGAACAUUACUUUCCAAAGCUUUCCUUACUUUUUGCCUACUUGAACAGACAAAUUGUUAACCUUGCUUUAGUUUCAGAAAAAAAAAUGCUGUGCAUAUGUUGUUCAGCGCUCUAUUGUUAUCACUUGCUUUUGCUUAUUUAAGAUAGAUGGAGUGUGUUUUGUAGACUUACGUUUUUCCUACAUGUUCUUGGGAAGAGACAGCUUUGCAUAAACAUGGGGAGCAUUUUUGUUUUAUUGUGAGGAAAGGCCCGGCACAGUGACCUAAUUGAGCCAUGGGUAAGCCUAGCUCUUGAUUCAAGAGAUAACUCCUAUUUAUAACAACCUGUACUGGCAACCAAAAUCUGGAAUGAAUGUUGAAUACAGUGGAACCUCUACUUACGAACGUCCCUACCUGUGAACAUUUCAACUUACAAACA